GCCGUGGAAGAGGAAAGGUGUCAGGCUUUCACGUUCUCUCUCUUUCGCGCGCGCUGGGUUAAAAGAUCUCUUGAUGUGCUGAAUAUGUGACGAUCACAGAAAAGAACUCCGAUCUUGAUCAAUGAAUAAGGAUUCUCAGGAAGGAUCUAAUGAUGAUAAUUUAAAACUUUUUUUGGAAGGGGUCGUUUGAUCUCCGGCCAGAACUUUUAGCGAAAUUGCAAAGACGAAGAACAUGAGAGAAACUAUGUUAUGCUGGAACAAGAAACGGUUGCGACUUGUUCCAGUCGCUGUGACUUUUUUGCUGCUGUCUACAGACACCGUAGCAGUAACCUGGAACUGGGAACAAUGGUGGACCUACGAAGGAAUUUCAGGUCCGGAUUUUUGGGGUAUAAUCAACCCGGACUGGAGCCUGUGCAGCAAAGGGCGCCGACAGUCUCCAAUUGACAUCGAUCCUGCCCGCCUCCUCUACGAUCCUAAUUUGCGAUUACUUCAUGUCGAUAAACACAGGGUGAGUGGCACUCUGGAGAACACGGGCCACAGCGUCGUGCUGACGCUGGACGGCGGCAAAGUGCCACUCAACGUCACCGGGGGUCCCCUCUCCUACAGGUACCAGCUGACGGAGGCUCAUCUCCACUACGGCGCCGUCGACCUUAUGGGCUCCGAGCACACGAUCAACGGGCGGGCGUUUCCUGCCGAGAUUCAGUUGUUCGGUUUCAACUCCCAGCUGUACUCCAACUUUUCUCAGGCGAUCGACAAAGCAUACGGCAUCGUUGGAAUAUCCCUGCUUGUGAAGAUCGGAGAAGCUUCGAAUCCAGCCCUAACCCAGCUUACGGAAGGAGCAGAAAAAAUUAAAUAUUUUGGAUCGUCCCAUCCUAUACACCGCCUUAGCAUCCACGAGCUCCUGCCGGACACGUCCUAUUACAUGACCUACGAGGGGUCGACCACGAUGCCCGCUUGCCACGAGACUGUCACGUGGGUCAUCACGAACAAGCCCAUCUACAUCACGAAGAAGCAGCUCGUGACCCUCCGGGAAAUGACCCAGGGUAGCCAGGACGCAGGGCCGACACCCCCGCCCCUCUCCAACAACUUCCGGCCGCCCCAGAAGCUCCACCAUAGGCCAGUUCGGACGAACAUCGACUUCUCGAACGCGGGGGGAACCUGUCCAUCCAUGCAUCGGGAGGCGUACUACAAAGCAAACACUUGGACAUUCAGCUAGCUUACAGGCAAGGCUGCUACUGCUACUGCUACUGCUUCCAGCGCAAAAGGGACGCAAGAGCCAGGGACGCUUGGAGAAUCUGGGGAGGAAAUAUUUCAUGACUUUGAUGGUGAAAAUGAAGGCGAUGAUUUUGAUGAUUGCGGAGGGGAUGAUGGUGAAGCAGACGAUGAUGAUGAUGAUGAUCGUGAUGGUGACGAGCUGAUGGUGAUGACCUUUUGACCGUCCUAUCGCUAUGAAUAGCGAAAACUUCCCUUUCGCCUGAUAAGCGAAGACAGUGAAUCAUGAUAUCACAUUCAUUUUGAGGCAACGAACUUUAGAGCAAUAGUGUUAAGAUGGUGUGUGACGUCGUCAUUCGUUCAUUUAUAGGAUGCCAUCUUCCUCGCGGCGCUGCUCCAGUUAUAAUGUUUAUGAUAGUCCAAAUUAAAGUUAAAAGGAAGAGAAAACAUUGCUAUUGAUGCGAAUUCUGGUAAAAUAAAAAAAAAUUAAAACUUGCUAUGAAACAUGAAGCAUCGGUAUCAGUUGGUUUAAAUGUUAAUACAGGCGGAAACUCCAGCAGUGUGAAAGAAAGGAAAUUUCAGGAAAAAAAUUUAAAGGAACAUUCAAAAAGGAUGUUAUUUGUGGACAUAACGAAAACGCCCCCCUCUUUUUUUUUUUAAUUAGUGGAGCAGAUGUCAGUGAAAAAUUUGAAAAAAAAAAAAAAAAAAAUCUUUACACGUCAGUGUUCCUUGGACGACGGUGCUGAAAACAAGUGUAAAAUAAUUUUGUAAAAACUAAAUGAAUAACUAAAUAAACUUCAUAUGAGAGGGGUUUGCUAAAGCGGAUGCUUGUCAGCAAUUGGUGAAAGAGUAAAAACAAAAAAGAAUAAAAAGCACAAAGGAAUAAAAGAGGGAAAUAAAAACACAGAAUUGAAGGUCUGGA